AUGGAGAGACAGAGAAGUUUCUCCUCCACAUCCACUCGAUUCUUAUUGUUUGCUUUCACAAUAUCUUCUUCUUUAAUCUUCCUGGUUUCCUUGUUUACUUGGGUCCUCAAAUCCAACCCUUCAAUUCACCAGGAUACCCAUUUUCAGUUCAAUUAUUCAGUUUUCAAUCUGGGUGGCCAUAAACCUAUAACCGUAGAGAGCUUGAGUAGCUUCAGUAGCAAUAGUUCAGCGAAGCAUUCAAAAGAUACCCAUUUUUUGAAAUCCGAAAAUGAAUCUGGGUCUGGAAAUUUCUCAGUUUUCAAGCAGAUCCAGAUACAAGAAAAUCUAGGUGAAGUACUAGAAGAUGGUGAUAGUGAAACUGAAUCAGAGGAAGCACCUGCACCUUCAAUGGAAGACAUUGAAGUUGAAACCAAUGAAACAACUGAGGGAGAUGAAGUGAGAGCAAAUCCAGUUGACAAAUUUGAACUUCCAAAGAAAAAAGAAGUGGCUUCUGUCGAUAAAUUUAAAGCCCCUCCGAGUAAUGGGGAAAUUGAGAAGAAGGUGAUGAAAAGCUGUGAUUUAACAAAGGGGAAGUGGGUUUAUGAUGAGAGCUACCCACUCUACACAAAUGGAUCCUGUCCUUUCAUUGAUGAAGGUUUUAGCUGUGACACCAAUGGAAGACGAGAUAGGAACUACAUGAAGUGGAAAUGGCAACCACAAGAUUGUUAUUUUCCUAGGUUCAAUGCAGCAAAAAUGCUUGAUUUGAUCCGAGGGAAAAGACUGGUCUUUGUUGGGGAUUCAAUUAAUAGAAACCAAUGGGAAUCCAUGCUUUGUAUGUUAAUGGCAGCUGUAAAAGAUCCAAAGAAGGUCUAUGAAACUCAUGGAAGAAGAAUCACCAAAGAAAAAGGGAAUUAUAGCUUCAAAUUUGUGGAUCACAAGUGUACAGUUGAGUACUAUGUUUCUCAUUUUCUGGUUCAUGAAAGCAAGGCAAGAAUAGGGCAAAAACGGAGGCCCACAUUGCGAAUCAACGCCAUCGAUCACGGUUCAUCUAGAUGGAAAGGAGCUGAUAUUUUGGUCUUCAACACUGCACAUUGGUGGUCUCAUUACAAAACAAAAGCCGGGAUCAACUAUUAUCAGGAAGGGAAUCAAGUACAUCCCAAGCUUGAUGUUUCCGUAGCUUUUCGAAAAGCUUUGAUGACUUGGGCAGCAUGGGUUGAUAGACACAUUAAUCCGGGCAGAACCCAGGUUUUCUUUCGAAAUUCGGCACCAUCCCAUUUCAGGGGAGGACAGUGGAAUUCAGGCGGUCAUUGUAUGGAAACCACUUGGCCCCUUAAUGACACUUCAGGCAUGGAAUACCCUGAGAAGAAUAGAAUUGUGGAGGAUGUGAUUUUGCAGAUGAAAACUCCAGUAACAUUACUGAAUGUAACUGGUUUAUCCGCAUAUAGGAUUGACGGUCAUCCAUCAAUAUAUGGGAAAAAACCCGGAACUCGUUACUCUUCAAGUAUUCAAGAUUGCAGCCAUUGGUGCCUUCCUGGUGUCCCAGAUACAUGGAAUGAAAUUUUGUUUUUCCAUUUCCAGUUGAAACAGAAAUCCAAAUACCGCUAAAAAUUUCGAUUGCUAUCCUUAACUUGCACAUUCUUUCAAUUCAUUCAGCUCGUAAUGUUGUAAAUUAGCAU